CUAUCUAUCUGUCGCGAUUAACAAUCCCUGCACCUUCGAGUCCUCGCGAACUAACUGAGGAGUCUCUUGGCACCUUUAAGAUGAAUUUUGAAGAUCCAUCUAGUUGUCCGGGUGGGAUAAGCGAGUAACCACACCGGUUUUGUAUGGGUGACUCCGAAACACAGCAUACAUCCAUGACUCGAGAUGCCAGAGUUCUUGCUAGUGAUGCCUGUUGUCCAAAUUUGGCAGAGGGUCCUGACGUUAAAUGCUCCAAUAUGAAGUUGGUGGCGUGGCUUUAAGAGGUUCUCGGUAGUGUUUUCUGACUCAUUGUUAUUUGUGGUCACAGAAUGGAAUGAAGGUGACUGACUAGCCUGCAGAAUAGUACUGACAAAAGUAGGGAAGCAAGAUGAUGAGGAUGACAGGGAUCAAGGAUGAUCAGGGUAUCUGGUAGUCAGUGAUGAACGGUUUUUAUACUGUGUAAGGUGGUUCACUAAGAUCAGAGUUUGUAAUUUAAAUCAAAGUAACUGCAGUGGUGUUUAAAUUUAAUAUCUAUUACUCAAAAGUGGUCUCACUUACUGAAUUGUUACAUACUUUGUCUUCAGAGUUCUCAGUUUGUACCUCCUAGUAUAAUUUAGUCAUUAUCCAUAGUAUGAACUGAUGCCCAAUGAAGGCGUAGUCUUCCCUUGUCAUAUAUGUAUAUAUAUAUAUAUAUAUUCAAAUGUUUGUGUAUUGUUUUCUUUUUCUCCAGUGUAAAUAAUGAACGGUGUCACUUUCAAUCAUAACGAGCCAAUGGCUCUGGGAUCUCCUCCAAGUGGAACCACAUCUCCAAUUGCUUGUCAGUAUCUUCCAGGAUUUCUCAUGAGUGAAAAUCCACAGAUGGCAAAUGCACAAUCAACUGAAUCCAAGAUUCCACGUCAAAAUCCUGUUUCCCCUCUGUCUGGGAACGCAUAUAAUAUGCUAGCUCCUCAACAUAAUGUAAAUAAACUGCAACCACGAUAUAUGAGCCAACCGCAGGAUACAAUUGCACGUCGUUUAACAUCCCCUCCAACACGAAGUAUGUGGUCGUCUGUUAAUGCUACCGGUGUUCUUGCUAAAAACACUUCAGACAAUUUUGGUGGUGUUAAACACAGCACACCAGUAAAUCCAUCAAUGAAAAGGUUGGGCACUGCAAGUCCAUUCCAAUCACCCGGUGAUCCAAGUUUCCAUCGUACUCCUUUGCAUAAUAUUGGAAAUAAUUCUACAUCUUUCAUUGGAUCUCCGUUACACAAUAAUAAUAGUGUCACAGGAAAUCCAAAUGAUGGUUUGGUUAAUAAGCAAGAUGGUUUGAUAACGCCUAAUCGUUUAGCUGAAGCACUGCUUACACAUCAAAGUUUCAACGAUAAUGAUUCUGCAAAUCUACACGAUUGUUGGGUGACUGUUUUUGGGUUUCCACCAUCUCGAGCUGCAUUCAUUCUCAAUCAAUUUGCUCAACUUGGCACUAUUGAAAAACAUGUGAUUACAAAUAGUGGUAAUUGGAUGCAUAUUAAAUACCAGAACAGGAUACAAGCUCGUUAUGCUUUGAAUAAAAAUGGAAAAGUUUUUGGUGAUAAUAUUAUGGUUGGUGUAUCAGUGUGUACUGAUCCACAAGUAAUAGAUGGAGAAAAGUCUGGUGUGUUUUGUAGACAGACAAAUACCAGUAAUAUAAAUGAUUCUGUAUUCCUUAGUCCAUCGAAUAACAACAGUAUGAACAAUAUUCGCCGUGGUAUCGAUGAUGCUAACAAUAAAACAACAGGAACAAUGAAUAGAACUCCGAAUAGAGAUAUGGGUGGAUUAAAGCCACCAUCAUUAAGUACUGGGAUUGAUUCUGGCAAUAAUAUGCUUACAGACAAACCAGUAGGUAGUAGCAUUGGCAGACAUAAUUCAAUGCGAUCGUUGGCUGCAUCUAAUCGACCAACAAGUCUAUCGAGAACAGCAAGUGUUCGACAGGACAGGGAUUCUGGAUUAAUAUCCAAAGCACUCGGCUACAUGUUUGGCUGGUCAUAA